UCUCUAUUAAGGAUUCCUUAUCCAGCCUCGGUCUUCUACCAAAAACUCCAUAAUCCUUCACCUGUCUUUAAUUCUAGGGUUCCGGCCGAAGCUAUACCCUAGGUUUCGACCAUAAUUCUACUGCUUAUUCGCUCCUUUUACGGAAUUUUAAGCUUCUUCUCAUUGAUUUUCAGUUUUCAAUUCAAGUUGUGCCGAGGUUUCUCGAAUUCCUAUUUGGUUUCUGUAUAGUGUGUAGGGGGUUCUGGAGGAUUUUGGAUUUGUUGUUUGAUUUCUUGACGAGGAUUUGUGUAUCUUGGAUUUGUUUUGUUAUUGCGUGGUUGUGAUCGGAAGGGUGAGGGUUCGGAUUUUUUUUUUUUUUUUUUUUUGAGUUGUUGAUGGCUACUGCGACUGAAGAAGAGGUUGAUUAUGAGAGUGAUCCGGAAGAAGCGAAGCGGUCACUGGCGAUGCGGAGGCGGGAGGCGAGUGAUGAUGAGGAAGGUGAAGGAGAAGGGAGGCGGACGAUCCGGAGGAUGGGGAUUCAUUCGGAUGAUUCGGAUGGUCAGGGUGGAGCUGCGGAAUACGACGAUGAGGACGAAUUGGGUGAAGAUGUAGAUGGAGAUGAGGUUGGUGAAGGAGUUGAGGAUGUCGAUGAAGCGGAGGAAGUUGACGAAGAGGAGGAUGAAGAGAGGUAUGGGAAUAGGAAGUUGGCCGGUCAUGGCGAAACGGAUGCCACUGCCACUUCCGGCAAUACAGUGAAGGAACUGGACGAUGAUGGAAGACCAUUAGCAGAAGGACCAACUGAUAUGCACGGGGAGAAUCUAGAAGGGGAAUUUGAUGAGGAGAAGAAGGUGAAUGAGCCCUUCGCUGUCCCCACUGCCGGGGCUUUCUAUAUGCAUGAUGAUCGGUUUAGGGACAAUGCAGGUGGUCGACACAGGAGAACCCAUGGUGGAAGGAGGUUGUGGGAGUCCAAGGAUGACAUGAAAUGGGGGCAUGACAAGUUUGAAGAAAUGUCUUUGCAAGAAAGACAUCGUGAUGAGAGAAAAACUUCCAAGGGUCAUUCACGAGGUCGAGGUAAAAGUCGAGGCAUGGAUCAUGGUUAUGCUCGCGGGAACCCAUCUCGAACAUACAAUAAAAAUAACACUCAAAACAAUGCUCCUAAAGUUGUGAGAGGAAGAGGACCUAGACGAUAUGAACCAACCCUAAACAACAAUACCCGUUCCUCUCCUUCACAGGAAAAACAAUCUGUGAAGCCUCCUGAGAAAGCGUCACAUAAUAAUAAUACAGGGAGAUCUCUUGCACCCUCUCCACACGUAGAAGGUGAGACAGUGUCUGUUAGGAAACAUGCCUUUGCAUCAAGCCUGAAUUCUGCUUCUCCGCCUUUCUACCCUUCAGGGACGUCUAGUAAAAACAUCCCUAAAGUGGAAAAAAGAGAAAUACAAGCUGGAUUUCCUGAAAAGAAUAUGUAUGAUGAUAGUCGCUCCAUGCCACAAUCAAGUGUAAUGGUGGAAGGAAAGCAUGUAGUUGAUGCUGUUGCCAUGGAUAGGCUUUACUUAAAGGAUUCAACUAAUCCGUCUUUAGGAAAUCCUUUGUCUAAGCCAUCUUCUGGUUCUUCAGUGGUCAAUAAUGCUCAACUUCCUCAAUCUAGACCUCAGGGGAGGGGUGCAGUCAUAGGAUCGACCAGCUACCCUUCUGCAUCACUCCAUAGCCAAGUUAAUAAGGUCUCUUUACCGACACAAUCACAUGGUGUAGCCCGAACUACUGGUCAAACUCGGGUUCAACCUGCUGUUCAGGUUCCUGUCCAGCAGUCAGGUCAGCGACCUGGUAGUGGAUCUCAAUCUUCAUCUCCACCAAAAACGUCUACGUCAGUUAACUCACUUGAAUCUGGAGAUGCAGAUUCUUCUUCAGAAUCAAGCAAAUCGAAAACUGCUUUGGUUGGAAAGGGAAAGGGUGUGACUCAGGGUAUUGGUGCAGGUUCCUUUAUCUAUGGUGGGGCUCAGAUUAUGGGAACCUCUGGGAGUAUGAAUAUUACUCACGGAGACCAGAACUUUCCUCAUACUCCAGCAUUUUUGCCAGUGAUGCAAUUUGGAGGUCAGCAUCCUGGUGGUAUUGGAGUUCCUGCCGUUGGCAUGGCAUUUCCAGGAUAUGUUGCCCAGUCCCAACUUGGCAUGGGAAAUUCAGAAAUGACAUGGUUACCAGUUUUGGCCGGAGCAGCUGGGGCUCUGGGAGCUACAUAUUGUUCGCCUUAUAUUGCUGUUGAUGGUGCUUAUCAUGCUCGACCCUCAGGACAGACAUCAUCUGUGGGAACGUUGAGCAAAGAAAACAAUACAAACAAAUCCAGUAAUGAUUCAAAGCCUUCACAAAAUGAACAUGAAAGUGAUGAUGUUGGACAGCGCCAAAAUAAGCCACGCAGAUAUUCAGAGAUGAACUUUGGUCAAUGAAGUAAGCAAGCAUAUGUGAUGGAGCCUAUUUCAAUAAGCAAAGGCCUUCUUCUAUGCCCUUUGUGAUCUCUAGUUCUAUUCUGGAGCACUUUGGGCUGCUAUAGGUUCCAAUAAGUAUUAGGAAUAUACGACAAACGCCUCUCCCGACGUUAAUCUGGGAACAGUAUUUUCAGCUUGACGUGUGGGCUUUUCCUUGUUUAAAUUGUGGUUUUUCUUGUGGUUUGGUUUUUGAAUGAAGCAAGUGAGAAAGGGCUUCCCCAAAUAUGAGAAAAAUGAGAGAAAUGUUGAAGGAAUUCUUUUAGCAGCAGCUAGCUAGCUAUGUUGUGCUAAUUGGAGUUUGAUUAUUAUUCUCUAUUCUAUAAGUUGAUGUUUGGUUAAGAAGUUUAUUAUUUGUUUGUUACCUUACACCACUGAGGUCGAGUAUUUUAGUAUGUAUGAUAUAUUUCUCUAAUGUGGGAUACAACACAUUGGAUGCUGCUGAGUAAUAAGACCCUUAGUAUUCGGUUUUGCGUGAGUAUAAUGUGUUAUGCUUUACCAGUAUGAGUUCAAUGUCAAUGUCUGGACAUACAUUUAUAAAGUAUUGAGAUAUUCUUGAAAAUA